AUGAAUUUCAGCAGGUCUCGGUCUUUCACAGGCGCCCCCCGGAACAGCAAUUCGGGCUUCACCGACGAGCUGGUCAUCACCUCUACUUUUGGCACCCUGCUCUCGCUUGUUUACGUGGUUGGCGUUUCGGGAAACGUGUACACUCUGGUCGUGAUGUGCCACUCCAUUCGCUUCGCUACCUCCAUGUACAUCUCGAUCAUUAACUUGGCCCUGGCGGACUUGCUGUACCUCUCCACGAUCCCGUUCGUGGUGUGCACGUACUUCCUCAAGGACUGGUACUUCGGGGACGUGGGCUGUCGCAUCCUGCUCAGUCUGGACCUCCUCACCAUGCACGCAAGCAUCUUCACCUUAACCGUCAUGUGCAUGGAGCGCUACUUGGCCGUGACGAAGCCGCUGGACAACGUGAAACGCUCCAAAAGCUAUCGGAAAGCCAUGGCUUGGGGGGUAUGGAUCCUGUCUCUGCUCCUAACCAUGCCCAUGGUCAUCAUGGUGAACCAGACGAGCAGAAAGGCCGCAGACGGAAGCGUAAAACGCAUGUGCGCUCCGAUUUGGGCACCUCUGGCGUAUAAGAUUUACUUAACUGUUCUGUUUGGCACCAGUAUCAUGGCACCUGGCCUUAUUAUUGGCUACCUGUACACCAAAUUAGCCAGGACAUACCUGGAAUCCCAGAGAAGCUCAGCUCUAAAUAAGGGCACCAAGCGGUCACCUAAGCAAAAAGUGCUGAUCAUGAUCUUUACGAUCGUGCUCGUGUUCUGGGCCUGUUUCCUGCCCUUUUGGAUCUGGCAGCUUCUGCCCCUCUAUCACAAACCCCUGGCAUUGGCUCCUCAUAUACGCACGUGUAUUAACUACCUGGUGGCGUGUCUGACCUACAGCAACAGCUGCAUCAACCCGUUUUUGUACACACUGCUCACCAAGAACUACCGGGAGUACCUGAAAAACCGCCACAAGAGCUUCUACCGCUACACGUCAUCGUUCAAGAAGCGGCCGCCGAGCUUGUACUCGUGGGGAAAGUCUGCAUCAUCGAGCAAUCAGUUCGAGUUCAACUCCGACACACUGGUCAUGUCACAGCUGAAGGUGCAGUGAAGGGGUGAGGAUGAAGAAAGAUGACCAGGAGACGUGAGGAAAAACCUGGCCAUGAGCAGGGCUCCAGCCAUUAUCUCAGAAGGACCCUAUGGUAAGCUGGGAUCAGCUAUAGCAUAAUCGGGGUCACAUGUGAAGGACACAGUGAUGGCGUAACGUGUGCCCCAUGCCACCUUCUCCACACGGUGGAGGUUCUCGGAGCCUGAAGAAAAGAAAGACACUCGUCCUGUGAAGAAAAACAGUGUGAUGAUCAGAGAUGGGAGAGUUUUCGAUAAUUCCAACAUUCAACACAGAGCACUGAAUCGUAGCUGGUUUUCAGUUUGUAAUUAAAUAUACUGCAGGGACACUAGGGUUUUACCGGGAAAUACACCACUUGUAUUUUUCAUACAAGCUACAUCCGGGACAUGGAGAACCAAAACCGUGACAUAAAUCUCUAUACAUCACUCGUGAGGAAAUUGAAUGAAUUGCUUUGAUAAAUUUGGGUACUUUUGUUUGUGAAUGUGUCUAUAUAAUAAAAAGAAAAAUCACAUGUUGGCUUGAAGAUAUGAAGUUUAUCUUCUCGUGUCAAAAAACUCACAUUUUUCAUACGAAAUCAGCCUACAUCAUGAAUCGAGUGAUGUUUCCCAAUAUUUCACUCUGAUGACGUCAAUCCCAGUGUUUUCCUGCCGACGAGAUGUGUGUUGUCAAAAUGGUGAACCGGUUCAAAAUUAAAAUUCUUCUGAUUA